AUGGUGCACCUCUCUCGUGCCCACCAUCUGCAGAUGACGACUUUGCUUGCCACCAUACUUCUUCGACUCGUCACACGAGAUAACGACUCGGUGCUUGGACCAGAACCCAAUGGAGGGGAGGUGUGGUGCGGAACUGAAAACGGGGUAGACGGCAGAGCUGAAUCUUUGGUGUCUAUUCCAAAUACCGUUCCGUCGGAUGCUGAUGUAUCGCUUGGGCAUUCGAUUCAGCUUCCAAUUGAAGUGUGGGAGAAGGUGAUUGACGUUCUGGCGGAUGAAUGGGUGGACCCCUUCCGGCGUGACAAGACGUAUGAAGCCAGGCUACGAGCACUAGGAAGGGUAUGUCGAGGGUGGCAUGUUCGAUGCCGCUUUCGUGCCUGGGAGAAGCUUGAUGUAGAUCACAUGGACAAGACAGAAGUCUAUCACCUGAUCAAUGCACUGAACCAGGAUCCCGAGCGCUGCCAUACCAUGAAAACGGUCUCAUUUUAUUUUGGGAGGAUGUCGAUUGGCCUGUUUGGGACAUUUGUUGUGUGCACGGCACAGAAACUGCCCCGAGUCAAGCGUCUCAUACUCGGGGGGUGCGAGUGGGACACUGGGCAGCUGCACGCGCAGGUCUUCGUCCACAUCACUCUCGCAUUCGAGUCGGUCACUGUGCUCGAGCUCGACCAUGUGCGAUUCCCUUCUGCGGUGGUAUUUGGGCGGCUCGUGCAUGCACUCCCGCGGCUGUCAUCCCUCAAAUGCUGGAGCGUGUUCUUCGAGAGGCGUGGCGAUGUCGCGGGCCGAAUCUGGGAAUUGCAUCCCCUCCGACUCGACUCAGCCGAAGUGUUGGACAGCGAUGAUGUCGUUGACUUCCUCGUCUCGAUCGGCGCGCAACUACGCCACCUCUCCUGGCGUGAUGAGAGCUUGGAAAAGUGCCAGGAGCUGCUCCCCGUGACUGCCGAAUCGCUCUCAUCCAUCCAGAUCGACAUCACUGAAUAUUCAUUCGUUCGACGAUUUUCACCCACAGACUUCCUGAUCGAUUUUACGCCAGCUGUCAACCUGCGUGUCCUUUCGAUCUCUUCUCACUUCCAAGACUUGGACACAGUGGCAAACAGGCUGUCUCGCGUGUUCCUUCCCAAGCUGGUCGAGGUUACGAUCAUCUCAACGUUCGUGCAUACCGAGAUAUUCCCUUCGUUAAAUAUCCAGGACGAGCUCGAAGAGGUCAGGAUGGAUUCCUAUGCACUUCUUGACCAGGCGUUCUCCAGUCGUCUGUAUCCCGCCUUGAAAAAGGUCACGUUCAAGCUUCACUGUCGGACUCCGCGCAGCAAAGUGAUGGAGGUGAUAUCCGAGGAGUCCUGGAGGACUCACUUUGCAUCAAAUCUUCCUGCUCUGCACACCAGUGGACGACUUGUGUGA